AUGGAAGGCUGCAUGCAAUUAUCGGGGAAAGGCAAGGCUACUUAUCCCCAAGGGAACCUUCUUGAUAGGGGCAACUAUCUUUCAGGGACCAUUAAGGUUCAAAUUGCAGUAACUCUGAAAGCUGUACCAGACCCUAGCAAUGCUGUCUGGAAAUACAAUGUCAGCGACGGUGGCGCCAAGUUCCCUAGUUCUACAAAUUUCAAUCAAGUAGUCAAUGGGGUUAUAAGACAGAUCACCUCUCUGUCAAUCCCACGGGUUUCCAUAUCCAUCGUUCUGUCCCAGAACAUCAAGGCCAAAAAUGUUUGUUUAUUUGCCCCUGACGACAGCCCCAACACUGAUGGAAUCCAUAUAAGCCAAUCCAAUCAAGUACAUGUAUCGAAUAGUGUCAUUGGCACCAGCGAUAUUUGCAUGGGCAUCAUACAUGGAUGCACCGAUAUCCGCAUCAGAAAUAUAACCUGUGGCUCUGAACGUGGUAUCAGUCACAACAAUCCCUUUCGGUUAGAUACUGGUGACAAUCCAGCCAUAAUUUUGGUCACAGACUUACUCACUGGCGACAACUAUGCAACCUGGUCUCGUGCAAUGCGAAGAGCUCUUCGUGCCAAGAACAAAUUAACAUUCAUCACAGGAACUAUCAUCCAGCCAACUGAUCAAGAAGAUCCUCUCUUUGAUUUGUUUGAACGAUGUAAUGACAUGGUGGUUUCAUAG